GUCUGACUCCGACUGAUUUUCAUAUAUAUAAAAUACACAGAGUACUUUUAUAUAAUAAAAUACAAAGAGAUUGUGAGCGCGUCUGUCUGUGUUUACUAGUUUACAUUUAUUUUCUAGUGGUGUGGUGUGAUCGUCCGUCGCUUUUAUACUUUUUAAGCUAGGUAUUAUAUACCUCUGAGAAAAACAAUGUCGACUGAUAAUAUUGAAAAGCUUUAUCAGAACUACGGUGUUCUGGCCGAUGCAAAAGAUGACAUAUCAAAGCAUGAGAAAGAAUAUUUGGAGAUUUUGGCAGCAGUAAAAGGGUCCGACAAAGAAAAACGUUUAGCGUCACAGUUUAUUGCAAAAUUUUUUAACAGCUUUCCUAACCUUGCCGAACAAGCCAUUGAAGCUCAAUUUGACUUAUGUGAAGAUGACGACGUCGCUAUCCGUAAACAAGCAAUAAAAGACUUGCCAAUUAUGUGCAAAACUAAUAAGGAACAUACUCAACGAAUUGCUGAUAUUUUAGCACAACUUUUACAGUCAGAUGAUGCUACAGAAAUAAAUGUCGUUACAAAUUCAUUGGUGACAAUUUUAAAGAAUGACCCCAAAGGAGCACUGACAGGACUAUUCUCUCAGAUACACCAGAGUACAGAUAGUGAGGUUACUAAUGAUAUUGUCAGGGAGAGAUGUAUCAAAUUUUUGGCUACUAAAGUGAAACAACUCGGUAGGGAGGUCAUCAACAAAGAAGCAGAGGAUCUUAUAAUUGCAGAAUGUAAAAAAAUUUUAGAGGAUGUUGUUGCUGAAGAAUUUGAACAUAUCAUGGACCUACUAACAUGGUCUCGACUAGGUAAAACCCCAGCAGGCAAAAAGGAAUUGACUCAACUAGUUGCAGCUCUUGCUUUUACCCCAGACGACUGGAAUCCAGAAGAUCCUGAAUAUGUAGACAGGGUGAUACAAUGCUCUCAACAUGCUUUGCCUUUAUUUUCUGCUCAAGUAGAAUCUACACAGUUUGUCAAUUUCUUUUGUGAACAUAUUUUGGAGAAAUGGAACGAUAUAGCUACAUCUGAAGGAAAUGAUACUAAGUUAGAAUUAUUGAAAAUAUUUGCCGAAUUAACUGAAUUUUGUGGAGAUUUGGAGAACUUGCAGAAGAAAGUUGAUACUGUUUAUGAUGUAUUAAUGAAUUACCUUCCAGAAGCACCAAUUGAAGGUGAAAGUGUAAAUGAAAAGUCUGAAACUGCGGAAGCUAAAACAGAAGAAGUUAAAACUAAUACAGCACCAUCAUUACAAUUUUCGCAUGUCGAAUGUGCACUGUUUGCACUGCACUCUUUAUGCCGCAAAUCGCCUGAAGUACUAAGUAAUGAUGCAGCUCGUCUCAAGGCUCUCCGUUUACGGCUUCAGUACACAGCAAGAUUAACUCAAGGAUACAUAAAAAAAUUGAAGGAAGUGACAGAAGUCAAAAAAACAGACACUAACUCCGAAGAAAAUAAAAUAAAAAUUGCAGCAUUGAAUACCACCUCGAACAUAAACACUCUUAUUCGAGACAUAUUCCGGACACCACCCAGCUUUAAAAGUAAAGUUCAUCUUUCAUUCCAAUCAAAAAAAACAGAGAAAGAGGAUAAGCUGUCUGAAACAUUGAAUGAAAAAGACAAAGAAUCAGGGGGUCAGAAACGUCAUCGACCAAUUACCUUUGACAACGGAGAGAAAAAAGAAUCUCCUGAAAAAAGAUCACGGAGCGGUGACAGAAACCUAAAAAUGUACACACCGCCAUCUGGCAAAUAUAGUUCAAGAUUGAACAAUAGUGGUCGAUUUACUGGAAGUUAUUCAGGGAGGGGUAGAGGAGGAUAUGGUAGAAGGGACUUCCGUAACAAUGGCGCCCAAUUUAGAAGGCGGAGCAACUACUAAAUACAAAUUAAACUAUGAGAUGUAAUAUAAUACAAAUAUGACAUCAUUACUUAAAUAAUGAAAUUGACUAAAAGAAUGGACAUACUUUCAAAGAAAAUAUAAUGAAAGUUGUACAAAUCUAAAAAUGGUUCAUUAAUUAAUGACAUAAAAUUAAAAUUUAAUAUGAAAGCCAUACAUUAUUACAAGAAUAAUGUAUCAAAUUCGAUUUCUUAGCCUUUUUAGUUCUAUCGCGGUUGCUUUUUGGGUUUGUUUCAGCAUCACCACUAGCAGUGUAAAAUCAGCAUGUUUUUUUUCUCAGAUAUCAGGUGCAGAUGACUGAUUAGUAACCAGUUUUAUAGCUGUAAAUAGUAGCUGAUAUAAUGGUGUCUACUGUUAGUUUCCAUAUUGUAAGUAGCCAUUUAAUUUUCUCAUUUUGGAUAGCAAGUCACGCAGAAGAGAUGUCAUCUACAUGUAAGUAUUUAUGUUUUAACAUUUAUUUGUCACCUGCUCACAACCCAAAUUACAUGUCGGAGAUAUUAAUUGAAUGAUAUGGAGCAUUGUGAAACCAAGUAAGUAUGGUUCUGUAAUCUUUAUUAAAAAUAUCUAUUUCUUUUGUAUUAUAGCUUCAUCUGCUGUCGGAGUAUGUUACGCGUAGCUGGAUUUAAAUUUUUUUUCGUUCAUGGUUCUAAUUUCAGACUUGUGUUAUCACAAAGUGGCACUCGUGACAGUUUUUUUUUUCGUCAUGUGACUUUGAUAAAUAAAAUAAUUUUCAAAAUAUGCUGCAUUUUUUAUUAGAAAUUAGCCAACAACUAACACACCUCUAUGUGUUUAUAGAAAAACGAGUCGAAACUAAAACUACUGCAACUUAAUGCAAUGCAGAUACAUCUAUCCUCGAUUGUAAAUCAAAGUGUAGCUGUACUGUCAAGGCUUUCAUUCCAGUUUCUUUAGUCUUUUUGCAAUGUUUUGUAUGCGUAUUUAUAUGACUUGUUUUCGCAAUGUAAUAUAUAUAUUUGGCCAUUUCUGUUAUUAUGUUGUCUGUAUCUAAUAAAAGCAACAACAAGUGUAUGUCAGAGAGGACAUCUGUUCUCGACGCCUCGGCAGUCUUGAAGGUUCGGACCUGUCCAUCCUUUGGUUACGCGUAGACAGCGACGACCAUCCGCGCGUCUACGGGUGCCUCUAUAGGUCCCAUAGCGGUAAUGCCGAAACAGACCGACUCAUCGACCACGUCCAAAUGGCUACAGAUUCCAUGCUACAACAGGUGCCAUCCGCAGAGAUCGUGAUCCUUGGCGAUUUUAACGCCCACCACGCAGAAUGGCUCGGUUCACGUUUAACCGAUCAUGCGGGGAGAUCUGUUUAUGACUUUGCCUUGGCAUAUGAUCUGACACAACUGGUUACUUCGCCUACGCGGAUUCCAGAUGUGGAAGAUCGCACACCUUCCCUGUUGGACCUUCUGCUGACUUCUCAUCCGGACGGAUAUCAGGUUUCCGUCGAUGCCCCUCGGCUCUUCGGACCAUUGUCUGAUCCGGAUUGUGGUGCCACUCACGCUCCCCUCGCGGUUGCGUUUUGCAGGUUGCCGCCGUGUUUGGCAUUACAGGUCGGCGGAUUGGGACGGAAUGCGGUCUUUCUUUGCUUCCUACCCAUGGGGCGGGUUUGCUUCUCGCCGGAUGAUCCCAGCGCUAUUGCUGACUCUGUCACUGAUGUGGUGCUACAGGGAAUGGAACUAUUUAUUCCAUCAUCUGUGGUACCCAUCGGAGGCAGAUCUCAGCCUUGGUUUGGUCGCUCCUGUAAGACUGCAUUACGCAGUAAGCAGGAGUGUUAUCAAGCCUGGGCUGCGGCUUCGGUGACUCGGGAUGUAAACACCAGCACACUUAAAAAGAAGUAUAACUUCGCCUCCAGGUCCUUCAAAAGAGUUAUGGCAAAGUCAGAGCACAUAGGCAGAAUUGGCGAGAAACUAGUUCGCCUUCCUUCGGGAACCCGUGCAUUCUGGUCUCUCGCCAAGGCUGUCCAAGGGAAUUUCUGUAAGCCAUCACUACCAUCUCUGCACAGGGAGGACGACUCACUGGCCCAAGACGCAAAACACAAAGCCGACCUUUUAGGUUCCCUCUUUGCAUCCAACUCGACUCUUGAUGACGGGGGGAAAACACCGCCGACCAUCCCGCUGUGUGAGUGCUCCAUGCCGGAUGUGCUAUUCUCACAGCGCUCGGUUCGCAAAGCACUUCUCUCCCUGGACAUCCAGAAGUCGAGUGGGCCUGACGGAAUCCCCCCAAUUGUGCUGAGGACGUGUGCUCCGGAGUUGGCACCGGUCCUAACGCGUUUUUUCCGGUACUCCUACUCCCAAGGCGUAGUCCCGAACUCAUGGAAGACAGCUUUCGUCCACCCGAUCCCUAAAAAAGGCGACCGCUCAGACCUGUCCAACUAUAGGCCUAUCGCGAUCACCUCCUUGUUCUCCAAAAUAAUGGAAUCCAUUAUUAACUGCCAGUUGAUCCGGACCGCCAAUACGGUUUUCGUCGGGGUCGAUCAGCUGGUGAUCUUCUGGUCUACCUGACCCAUAGAUGGGCGGAGGCAGUAGAGUCCAAUGGGGAGGCGUUGGCCGUUAGUCUGGACAUUGCGAAGGCCUUCGAUCGGGUUUGGCAAAAAAACGCUUCUUUCGAAGCUCCCUUCCUAUGGGCUUCCCGAGAAAUUGUGCAAUUGGAUCACCAGCUUCCUUGCAGAUCGGAGCAUCAAGGUCGUUGUAGACGGUGCAUGUUCUGAGUACAAGCCUAUUAACGCUGGUGUUCCACAAGGCUGUGUGCUAUCACCAACGCAGUUUCUUCUGCAUAUCAAUGAUAUGUUGCUAACUAGUAACAUUCAUUGUUAUGCGGAUGACAGCACUGGUGAUGCUCUAUACACCGCCCGUGCCAAUAUUUCUCGGGAAAACGUCGCUGAGUACCGGAACAAACUUGUGUCUGAAGCCGAGUCUUUGCUGAACAGUCUCGGAUUGGGGGCGACUAAAUGUAGUCCAGUUUAAUCCUCAGAAGACACAAGUUUGCGCGUUAACCGCUAAAAAGAACCCCUUUGUCGUAUCUCCUCAGUUUCAAGGCACUCUCCUUCUUGCCUCAGCCAGUAUCGGUAUCCUCGGAGUCGACAUAUCGAGUGACGUGCAGUUUCGUGGUCACUUUGAAGACAAGGCCAAAUUGGCCUCUAAAAAGCUUGGCGUGCUCAGCAGAGCGGGACAGUAUUUCAUGCCGACACACCGCCUGCAACUUUACAAGGCGCAGGUUCGGCCUCACAUGGAAUACUGUUCCCAUCUCUGGGCUAGGCUUGGACAUAGUCGGUCGCCAUUGAGAGCGCUCAAUUUAGUUCGUAGUCCUAUAGCGAACUAGUUCGCUCAUUUAGUUCAUUAGUUCUUUUUUUAAUUUUUCAGUAGAUCUAAUUAAAAAAGAUGAAUAUCAGUAAAUAAAUAUUAAUGUAGUAUUAGUAUGUAAUAUACUACAUAAUAUAUAAUAUGUGCAAGAUACUUAUCAAGAACUAUUUCAUGAUAUGUAAAUU